AUGGCGAAACGCAAGGCACCUGAAGAACUCUCCACUAAUUUGAAUACUAUCAAAGCUCGCAACCGCGUCUCCAACCUUACUGAAGAUGAGAAGGCUGUUCAUUUAGCACUCAAGGCUGACCAUGGCGAUCUGAGCUACUACUUAAAGAAGUUAUACAAGUCUGCAAAGUAUAUCGCUGCCUCUGCUGAAGACAAGACACGUCUACAGAAUGAAUUGAAGGUUGAGCGUAUUCGUGUUCGGACUGAAAAGGGCACCCAUGCAUCUUGCAUUGCGAAUCAGAAAGUCAAGAAUACUAGCGCCCCUUCUUCUUCUCCACAAGCCCCACCAUCUACUCCGCCACAACUUCUGUCUGAGCUUGCUGCAUUUGAGGGUAUCACCAGUAUCCCAAUCGAUGACGAUCAUAACAGCGAAUGGGAGGAUACUGAGGUUGAAGACGAUUUAGAGUUGGAGCUUAUGUUACGGCGCGACGAUAUUUUAAAUGAAGAGGCUGUUCUACCAGAUGAGCUUUCUGAUGAAGAGAUCGCUAGCAUCCAGGCUCUCUUAACUCAAGCACGCAUUGAUGCCCAUGAAGAGUCCAAUUUCCGCAAGUGGCAACAUUUCUGGGAUAGCUGUAUCCGCUCAUAUACGAGAAAGGCUGGAAAGCUGAGAAAGAAGCCUGAGCAUCUCUUUGAAUAUAUGCCAUGGAUUGAUGUAGAAGAAGGCACUUUUCACAACGUUAUCCCACCACAUAAAUAUUUCUGUUUGUACGAGCAGGCAGUUUGGACAAACUUUACAGCUUGGAAGUUUGGAAAGUGGGCCCAAUUACCAGGACCUGCGCAGUGGUACCCAAAGUCUUACAAUCUUGUCGACAACGGAUGGUUACAAGUCUCCACUCAUAGUUCUAGCUUCAAAGAGGCGUUCUUACUUGUCUACUCUAAGAAAUUUGAUAAGGAAAAGUGGGCUAAGGUAUCAGCUGCACAGGAUAUGUUGUUUCUGGAGUUAGAGUAGAGGAGAGAAAUGGAGUAUUUGAUUUUCCGACGCGAAUAGGGG